AUGUCUAGCUCUGCUGGUGUUACUAGUACUUGUGAGCUGCAGACAACUGUGUUGCAAGAUGGCAAGAUGCUGAGUGUCAUCGACACUCCUGGAUUGUUUGAUUUUUCUGCUGAACCAGAAUUUAUUGGGAAAGAAAUUGUUAAAUGCAUAAAUAUGGCGAAGGAUGGUAUCCAUGCUGUUCUCGUAGUUCUGUCUGUCAGAUCUAGAUUUUCAAGAGAAGAAGAAGCUGCUGUUCAGAGCUUGCGGAAAUUCUUUGGUAGCAAAAUUAGUGACUAUAUGAUAGUAGUUUUCACUGGUGGAGAUGACCUGGAAGAAAAUGAUGAAACUUUGGAGGAUUACUUGGGUCGUGACUGCCCAGAGCCUUUGAAGGACACUCUUGAAAUGUGCGGAGAUAGGUAUGUCCUCUUUAAUAACAAGACAAAGGAUGAGUCCCAGAAAUCUGCACAGUUGGAUAUACUUCUUUCCCUUGUAAAUGAAGUUGUAGAUAAAAAUGAUGGAAAACCAUACACAGAUAAGCUGUUUGUUGAAUUGAAGAAGGGAGCCAUGAAACUGCAUGAUCAAACUGCAGAAGUUAAUUCCUCGGAGGGGUACUCCGAACAGGAGAUAUCAGUGUUGAAGCAGCAGUUUAAUAAAUCAUAUGAAGAGCACCUUAAGAGAAUAACUGAGAUGGUUGAGUCAAAGCUUAAGGAGACCACUCAAAGGCUUGAACAGCAAUUGGCCGAAGAGCAAGCUGCUCGCUUGAAGGCAGAAGCUAAUGCACAAGCUGCUCAGGUGAAAUCUGAUGAUGAAAUACGACAGCUGAGAGAACAUCUAGAGAGAGCUCAGAGGGAGACUGAGGAGCUGCGAAAGCAAGCUGUCAGUGGCAAAUGUUCUAUUUUGUGA